AUGGAAUCCUUUCCAAUUCCGGUUUCUUUUAAUCAGAAAUAUUUUAAAUUGAAAAGGGAUCAGUUGAAAUGUGGCAAAAAUUUAUUAAAUCAGAUAAUAUAUAUAUUUAUAUACGAACAGGAAGGAUGUAUCCGUUCACUUGGUUAUCCAAGCGCGAAUGAUUUAUAUUAUUUGCCUUUGAAACAUAUUAUUACUAAAGGACGACGAUUUAUUGCCGAAGAGGGCAAAAGUGUUGAGAUGCCAUGCGAUGUUGCUGGAGCUCAGCCGGAAAAUGUGGUGAUUUGGAAACGAGGCGAUCAUGUUUUAUUUACUGAUGAAGACGCUCUACAUGAUGAUCAAAGAUUUGAACUCCAUCGUGAAAAUAAUUGCGAAUUUGAUAACGCUGCAUUCUUUUCAUUCUUCUGCAAACAUUAUUCUGCAAAUUUUCAAUUAAUAAUAAACAAUGUGGAACCAUACGAUACAGCUGCAUAUAUUUGUUCGACUACCGCUCCAGAAUCAUCUAUAACGCAUUAUCUUCAAAUGAUUUCAAUACCGCCAUCAGUAACAAUAUCGCCGGAUACGAGGCCUUUACUCGUAAAUGUUGGUGAAAAUGUUGCUGUUAAAUGUAUCGGUUCUGGCAAUCCAACUCCGAAAAUUUUAUGGACUCGAAAAGGUGCCGAUAUGCCAAAAAAUGCAGAAAUAAAACACGGUCAAUUGAGGCUGAAACAUGUUACUGUACCAGAUUCGGGUUUAUACGUCUGCGAAGGUUCCAAUAGUGUUGGACGCAGUGCUCAUGCUUCUAUUGAAAUUUUUGUUCAAAAUAUCUAUUCGAAGAUGAGCUUUUUUUUGAUUCUAAAAUAUAUUUUAUAA